AUACAAAUGCCUUAAGAAGAUAAGAAGGCAAAUGAGAGGUGUGUUUAAAUCCUAAACAUUAGGCCUCCUUUUAUAAGGGAAAAAUCCCAACAAUUUUUCUCCCCAACCGAUGUGGGAGUUUGACAACUUCAACAAUUCCUUGCUAGUUGUUAGAGUCUUUUUAGGAGUUGAACGUUAGUGGUUCAGUCUUAUUUAUAUGCUUUGCAUAUCGUGCUGUAAAUCAGAGUUACGGUGAAAGCAAUAACAUUCUUCAGUGUUUUAUUUCUCCUACAAUCUCUUUGACUGUAAUUUCUUCUUUCCUCUGUUAUUUUUUUGUUUUAUGGUACCAGAGCCAGGUUGUUGAACUCUGGUUGUUCUUUCUUUCUUCUUGCCUAUUAAGUUCGCUUUGUCUUGUUGGAGGAGAUCGAAAGUUGUAGAGGAGAAGCUCUUUGUGCAGUAUGGAAUUGGCAAAUGGGGGAAGUAGUUCGAAUGCACAGUUUGGUGCUGAAAAGCUUGUAGGGACAAACUACAAGUACUGGAGAAUGUGUAUGGAGGCUUACCUUCUAGGUCAAGACUUGUGGGAUCUUAUUGUUGGUGCUGAAGCAGACAUUCCAGCAAAUACUCCGGAAAAUGCGGAACCACGAAGGAAAUGGAAGAUCAAAUGUGAAUUAGAUCCCGAUGAGAAGAUCGGCGAAGCAAGAAUGCGACGAUUUCUUAUUCGAGGAUUGAAGGAAUCCUUUCAUCACCUCCAUUCAAGGUUGGUCAAAGCAACCUUCAGUUGAAGAAUUAGAAAAUUUGCUUUCCAACCAAGAGGCUUUAGCAAAGCAAAUGGCAAAAAGUUUUGAAUCUGAUGCCGUUCUCUUCUCAAAGGACAAGAAUAAAAAGAAA